CUGUAACGCAAUUACCCGGAAAAAAGGAGACACACACACAAAAAAUGUGUAACGAAACAGCCAAACUGUCUUGCUGUACACGUUCUGUAGCGUAAACAAAAAAUGGCACGUUAAUUUACUGUAAUCUAGUUUCAAAUUGUUAUUCUACGCUGCCUUUAUCAGCACUUCGGAACAUUCUCACACACACCCCGAACGUUUUUGGGGUAAUGAGACAGAGACAGGAAUGCCUUAUGUCGAUCGUAUUAAUCGUGUCUGUGGCUUUCUGGAUAUUGAAGAAAAUGAAAAGUUCCAGCGAAGGUACUUCAUACUGGACAAAUUGAAAAACUUCCUGCUGUGGUACAUGGACAAUCCACAGAAUCUUCCCAGUGGGACAAAUGCUGUCGGGAGCCUUCAGUUGACGUAUAUCUCAAAGGUCAGUGAAGCGACUAUGAAACAGAAACCGAAGACGGAAUUCUGCUUUGUAAUCAAUGCAUUAUCCAGACGCUAUCUCCUGCAAGCGAAUGACAAGAAUGAUCUUCGUGAAUGGGUGGAUGCUUUGAAUAAAGCCACAAAGAUUACGGUACCAAAAGAGUGCAGUAUCGCUCCUAAAACAGAAACCAGCAGAACCUCAGUGGAUCCCCAGAACAGAAAACAGCAGGUACCCUACAAGACAGCCAUCGUCGGAGGGGUGGUGGUGCACACCCCCAUCAAUCAGAAGGAAGACGAGUCAGAGGGAGGGGAGUUUGGGUUUCAUGGCAGUCUGAUCCGCUCACAGAGCCACAUGCCAUCUGUGGGGAGCAGGCUUGGAGUGCUGAAGAGUGGCUACUGCGUCAAACAGGGCAAUGUGAGAAAGAGCUGGAAACGGAGAUUCUUCAUGCUGGAUGAGAAUUCAGUCAAUUACUUCAAAUGUGAAGCGGACAAGGAUCCCCUCCGUGCGAUCCCUUUGAAGGAUGUGCUGAAGGUCCAUGAAUGUCUUGUCAAGUCCGGAGAUCUUCUGAUGAGAGACAAUCUGUUUGAAAUAAUAACAAGUUCUAGGGUAUUUUAUAUUCAGGCAGACAGUCCUGAAGAUAUGCACAGCUGGAUCAAGGCAAUCUCAGGAGCAAGACAGUCACCUCGGGGUUUUGGAAAGGAGGCAAGCUUCAGCCGAGGGUCCUCACUAUACAGCAAGAACGAAGCCUCAUCCUCCAGCUCCCGCAUCAGACAGGGGGGCGAGGAGAAGAAGCCGCCCCUUGUGAAGUCUUCCUCUGUGGCCCCAUCCUGGCAGCCCUGGACCCCAGUCCCCUCGGCCGUCAAAAAAGAGCUUUCUGUCGUGGAGGAGACGGCAGGGCAGUUCAGCUCGUUGCCCUUUGACCUGGGCUCAGAACAGAAGGAGCUGGACUUGCAGGGCAAGCGGCGAAGGCACCGAUCCCAGCCACAGGCCCCCAGCGACAAGGUGUUCCCUUUCAACCUGGACGACGAUAGCAUCCGCACCACCGAUGUAUAGGGAAGAUGGAAUGUGCUGGUUCCCAUUAUAUUUGAAGUUACUCCUUAAUUAACCAUAAACAUGUUUGUCAAAAAAAAGUGCCCGUUAAAAUGAAGUAUGAGUGAUAAGUGCUUAAUGUUUAAAGGAGGGAUAAUCGUAUGGACAAUAUAAAAAAAACUGGCAAUAUAAGAGCAGCUUUUUCCAAGGUUGUAGCUAACAAAUUAUUAUCAUAAAUCUGGCAUACACUUCUACUCACUACAGAGGUCCACAUGUUAUAGCAAGCAUGUAUUUUUAAAACAUAUCUGGCAGUACAAAAGUGUAAAGAAAUGUGUUUGCGAGCCCUGCUUUAUACUAGAAUUGGUCAUUUCAAUUAGAAAGUCAAAUGUUCUCCAUUUACCAACCAGCUGCCUCCUCUACUGAUGCAGCCAGUAAAACAAUGAAAAUCCAUGGUUGCUAUAACCUCUGUUACUUUCAAAAGUGCACAUUUGAAAACUAAAUAGAGUUGAAGUACACAACAGGUCAGAUUUACUGAAUUAUUUUGCUAGCUACAGCCUCUUUAAACAUAAGCACCCAGGCGUGGAUAUGCGUCUUCAUAGUUCGUUAUACCGGUGAAACAGCGUAUUGAAGGAAGGCUCUGGCAGAGUCAACCCUUUUUGGUUUUUAAUUUGCUUGUGUGCACUGAACGCUCCGCGCACCUCUCUGUGUCUGUCAGUCUUUACAGCAGCACCAGCAAAAAAAACAACCCAUUGCACUAGGAAACUGUUCUAACUAAAGUGUAGGAAAAUGUUGAUCAUUAUCUGUGCUACUUUAAAAUACUCAUUGAUUCACAGACGCUCAUAGUCUUGGUAUAUUUCUGUGUCUUCGGGAAGAUUCUAAGGCACAUUCCACUGUUGUCUAUCUGAGAUCACACCUACAGGAGAGGAAGUAAAAUCUUAAACUUUAAUUCUACAAAUCUUGAAUUAACAAAUACCAUACAAAAAGCUCUACGGCCAUAAGGGCACUAGUAAUAAUGUGACUUUCAUUUACAAACUGUGUUUAGUAUCGCUCCCAAUAAGAGUUAUUCAGUCAUGUUAGAGGUGUAUCAGUUUCCUCGGCUACAGUCUCACUCAGCAUUAAUUAAAUACAACUUAACAAACAGUACUUAGAAACCAGUAGCACGAGCGGACAGCCACAGUCACAGUUUACUGUCUUUUACACUCACAAAAAGACAAAGGUGGCAGAUCUUUAAAAGGAAGUCAGAUUACACGUUUGGUCCGCCACGUUCUAGAUCCUCUGAAUAGACCUCACAGUUACAGCACAUAAUGGCUCGACUAUACAGCUAACAGACCUCAACACACAUGCAUUAGAGUACCACUGUCACAGCCUCCAUCUCAGUCUUACAUAGGACAGCUUAGUAUUCUUUUAUUUCUUUGAAUGUACCUUUUCUUGGAAGAUGGGUGCCUGUAAGGUGGGAAAAUUGGAAUUUUAUGAAAUAUGUAAAACAUAUUAAACAUUCCUUUACGGGUAUGAAAUGCAUUGAAAAGAAAAGUUUAAGACAAACCGGAUAUUGUAUUGAAGAGAAUGCAGGUAUACAGACUUGCUGUAAUGAAACAGUGUUGGGCCUCUUGCCUGCUGGGCUUUUAGUGAGAAAAUCGGCAAUAGAUAUUUUUGUGGAGAUGUAAGUCUGGGAGCAUCUUUAAAGUUAGAGAAGAGCUUGAUGAAGGAAAGUUAGCACAAGCAUGAUAAACCAGAUGGAUAUAGAAUUACAUUAGGGUUUGUACUUCCUCCCAAACUGCUUAACAGCACAAUUUUGAAAUAUGUUACCUAUCAAUUCUGUUCAAAUUGUCUUCAAUGUCUUACCUUUUAGGAAUUAUAAAAAAAAAAAAAAACCAGUGAAAAUCGGUACAAAUAAUUUAUUUACAUUUUUUAGAGAAUAUUUAGGAAAUAUUGUAGACAGACAAUGAAACCCAAGAUAUUCACAAAGCAGCAGAAGACACCCUAUCAUUUGAAUGGCAGUUAACCCUUUCAACACUGCAGGGCUGUAUACAGUACAGAUCUGGGAAAGAUACAGUAUACCCUCAAAACUGCAGACCGCUAUUACAGUACAGGAAAGAAAACCCUACAGUUCAAAAUGUGCCUUUUUUAAAUAAAAUUAUGCAUAUGUGUUUGAACCAAUAACAACAACUUGAUAAACUGUAUUCUUUGUUUGUAAUACUGUAAAAUGGGUUUUAAAAUGUAAUUGUGCCAAAGACUGUUGACAAAUCCUGUACACCACAUUCCUGAAACCUGUUGAUUAAUACAUAGGUUAAGAACCUUUUGCUUGUUAAGUGUUUUGUAGUGCAUCAGUUAGAAGAAAUCCUACUGCUCUUUUGCUAAAAAAAAAAAAAAAAAGAAGAAAAAAAUGUAAUAUAUAGAAACUGAAAAAAUGUGAAAAGCACACAUUAAAGUGUUCUUGAUGUUUAGCUUUGCUUUCACAGUGUUAUUCCGCAUUACACAGCAGUGGAAUGGACUGACUCACUUAUUUAUACAGGGAACCCAAAUCCCAUAUAGUUCAGCAUUUGAAGUAUCUAGAAAAUCAGCUUAUACAGUACUCUUCAUUAGCCUGGUUACUUACUGUAGUAUGGUCUAGCUGGCGUAUGUGUGCCGACCACUAGAGGGCUCCAGCGACACAUUUUUAAAAUACAUUAUUUUAGGUUGCUUGAUCAUUUCUAUUUGAACCAUUUGUUGUACAAAGGGGUCACACAUUCCCAUAACCAAGAAUUUAAACUUUUUGUAUUAGUUUGAUAACGCUUUCCUAACCUUGUUUUCACUUUUAACACAGGUAAAGCCAAUUUAUCAAUAAAGGUACUGACGUUUUCAUUUA